AUGUCCGGCCGUGGCCCCAUGGACGACUACGUCCGCCGGCUGCAGCAGAUGGCGCUGAACAGCAGCCGUCGCGGCGGCGGCGGCGGCGGCGGACCCGGCCCGCGGAUCGGCGGUCUCGUGUCGUCGCUGCUCGUGAUGGGCGGCGGCAUCUGGGUGUUCCAGAACGGGCUGUUCAACGUGGACGGCGGGCACCGGGCCAUCAAGUACCGGCGGCUCAGCGGCGUGUCCAAGGAGAUUUACGGCGAGGGCACGCACUUUAUGAUUCCGUGGUUCGAGUCGCCGAUUGUGUACGACGUGCGGGCGCGGCCGCGCAACGUGUCGUCGCUGACGGGCACCAAGGACCUGCAGAUGGUCAACAUUACGUGCCGCGUGCUGUCGCGGCCGGACGUGCCGGCGCUGCCGCAGAUCUACCGCACGCUGGGCACCGACUACGACGAGCGCGUGCUGCCGUCGAUUGUCAACGAGGUCCUCAAGAGCGUGGUCGCGCAGUUCAACGCCAGCCAGCUGAUUACGCAGCGCGAGAUGGUGGCCCGGCUGGUGCGCGAGAACCUGUCGCGGCGCGCGGCCCGCUUCAACCUGCUGCUCGACGACGUGUCCCUGACGCACCUGGCGUUCUCGCCCGAGUUCACGGCCGCCGUCGAGGCCAAGCAGGUGGCCCAGCAGGACGCGCAGCGCGCGGCCUUUGUCGUCGACAAGGCGCGCCAGGAGAAGCAGGCCAUGGUGGUCAAGGCGCAGGGCGAGGCGCGGUCGGCCGAGCUGAUUGGCGAUGCCAUCAAGAAGAACAAGGCGUACGUGGAGCUCAAGAAGCUGGAGAACGCGCGGGCCAUUGCGACGACGCUGCAGGACGCCGGCGGCAAGAACCGGCUGCUGCUGGACGCCGAGGGCCUGGGCCUGAACGUGUUUGAGAGCGGGGAGGAGUCGAAAUAG